AGCGCUUCGUCACGAAUUAUCCCAAUAUGGCAAAAGCAAAUACACUCUUCGCUAUUGUGGCUAUCAUUUGCUUCCCAUUUAAAUAUGGUAAAGGCUCCUUCGUUACCUUUCACACGCAAACCGGAUGUAACGCAACUCUACUUUGCAAGCAGUCUGGAGACGUGAAGUGGAUAAAAACCGACAAUUCAGAGGAAAUUAAGGGCCCAAGAUUCGUCGCCAGAAAAUAUUCCUUUUUUUCAACUUUAUCGAUCGUCGACACCUCCAAAGACGAUGCUGGGAAAAUAACUUGCGUCGCAGAGGGAGCUAACAUAACCAUAAACUUGGAAGUUUGUCACGAUAUACUAGACACAUAUCAAUGCAAGACCACCGUUACCAGCCUUACACGUUGCUCGGAGGAGAAUUAUUUACGCAUAAACUGUAAGAAAACCUGCAGACUAUGUCCAGAGCCGACUUGUACAGAGACAAUUCUGCCUACAACAGCACCACCGACCACUACAGCACUACCGACCACUACAGCACUACCGACCACUACAGCACCACCGACCACUACAGAACCACCGGCAACCACAGAACUACCAACUCCGACCGAGACACCCACGGCCUCAGGGAUAAAUGACUCUAGCGGUGGAGUGAAUUUAACCUCUGGUUUUUAUGACCUCUUUCCCCUCGUAUCGAGCCUCUUUGUUAUGAUGUCAUUGAUGUUCUCACGUCUCUGACUCGACUGAAAAAGAAACACAUGAGCAACGCUUAGUUUUUAGAAUUGGUGAUUUAUGCUAAUGAAUCUUAGCCACAAGUACUUCAUCUCACAGGCUUUUCUUAUUUUCGUCCUUUCUAUAUUUCUCCCUUUUUUCAUUUAAUUAAAAAAAAUUAGAAAGUUAGGACAGCAUUUCAUUUUCUUUUUUGUCACGAGUUUUUUUCAUAAGGGCUAGGCAUAAUUGCAAGGUCUUAAAAAUUAUGAUUAUAGGUUGAUUUUUUAGUGUUUCCACGAAAGCUGUAGAUUAGGCCCGAGAUAACCCUCCCCCGAGACAACUUUGCGGAUAGUGUAAAUGAAAUUUGACACCUGCUAACCCUCAUUCGGCCAGGCAAGGUUACAUAUUUGACAAAAUAGCGGACGAAAGGUAAAGAGUAAUUGUAAAACACGCGCGCGUGCACUGGUUAUAGCGUGUGAACCCUUUUUGUGUUCGAGUUGUCUCGUCUCGAAUGGGCGAGACAAAGUGUUUAUGUGAAAAAAAAGUUCUCCUGCCUGCCAGGGUUACCCUACCUUUUGAGGUGAGAUAACUCGCGUUCCCCCUCCCCCCUUCCCCGAGUUGUCUCGUUUACCCGAGACUAGUUCCCAACCUCAUGUAGGCUAAAUUUUGCAAAGAAAGAAGUGAAAAGUUAGCUCUCCCAGAGUAACUCGUGGGGGAGGAUUGACUCGGGUACCUUGACGAUAUAAAUGAAUGUAAUUAGCUACUGUAUUGUAAGUAGCAUUGUAACUAGUAUUGGUGUUGUAUUGGAAUAAUUAAAAGAUCUAUACCAAAUGAAUAGAAAGGA